AUGAAAGAAAUAUUUCUCCCCGAGGAACUGGAUACUAUAUCUGAGAGAGCGCUUCUGGAUCCUCAGACAUCCCAGCUCGCCGCAGCACUGCUCCAAUAUGAACCGCACAUUUUAUUCAACAUAACGAAGAAGAUGCUUGCCGAAAUCGAUCGUCUCAAAUUCUUCGGUGAUCAUUACAACAAGUGGGUCAGGUGUAUACGCAUUCAGAGUGGACAUCAAGAUGAAGAGACAUAUAUACAUACAGAACUGGAAUAUUUCACCAAGUUCUAUGGAGAGACCGAUCUAGUUAGAAUUUUGACCAUCCCAGAAAAUCAAAAUGACAAAGGGCGAGAGUACUUAAAAGCUCUAUCUGGGAUUUGGCUGAGCCAGAAAAAGAGCCCGGACGAUGUCAUGAAAAUGGUGAUUCGCACAGACGACGAUGUCUACAACUUUCUCUAUCAUGAUUUCACAACAUUUUCUCCUCGAGUAUGGGUGUCCUACCACUCUCAAUUUUAUAGAAUAUAUCGCAAUGAAGCAAAUAGGCUGACGCUGCUUGAUACGCUCACCAGUGCUGUUGGUUCCGCAAGAGUGACGAUCAUGGUACAAAAAGCGCAAGAGUCUCCAGAUUCGUUAGCCAGAGAGUGGGGGCGUUAUCUUCAAAAGGCACAAUAUCGAGAAUGGUUCGACAAAAAGAUACCAGCUGUUGAUGUUUAUGAAGAAAUAGUCAAUUGCGCGAUGACUCAAUCAUGGGGACCGGAAAUUAGAGCUAGUUUUGCCGAAAGAGUCGGCGCUGAAUACGUCAGUGCUAUUUUGAGCACCGAUUUUAAUAAUCUGCCACAUGUCCCUGAUCCCCAUAUUGGAGUAUAA